AUGCAAAAGAUCAGUCACGCCGCGAAGGAAAUUCAACGCAUUUCCCAACUGACCCGCGAUAAUUCCCACAGGGACGACAAUCCUUUCCAUCUCCAGCUUCAAGCCUCGUCAGUCAGCGAUGAGACGUUAGGCGCAAUGCAGAAACUCGCUGGGGACAUUGUUCGCCAUGUCGACAGGUUUGAUUGUUCAGAAUCGGAGGCGGUACAAGCGAAAGGCGUGAGCAGCAGAGCACGUCGUCCGUCCAACUCCAGAGUUCAGACUUCCUGGAAGAAGUCGAGCCGGCCCAUGAGCCGGAAGAACGAGCCGUGCUGUUCCAUGUGCGGUUGCCUAGAUACACCUCAAUGGCGGUCGGGGCCCCAAGGACCCGCGACCCUCUGCAACGUGUGCGGUCUGCUCUAUUCCCGGAGAAAACUGAGGCGGAGAGCUGAAACUGAGAUGCUUUCCGUCGCCGUCAGCAGCUGA